UUCCUCUAGAGAAGAGCCUCGAGCUGAAUUUGGCUCUGCAGACUCUCAGCGCAGUGCAGCUCGAGUGAGGUCGCUGGACCACAGCUUCCAGAUUCAGGGCUCGCACAGUAACUUCCACGGUCUGAAGUCUCGGUUUAACGGUCCCGCUGACACAUCCGCACCCCCUCUGCGGAAUAAACCUGGCUUUGGAGCCCUCAGCCAUCCUCAGGUGGAGCAAAGACCCUUCCCCCACCACCAACCCCCUGACAUACCCACUCCCCCGAACUCCAGCCUCAACCUCAAACCCAAACCACCCCCCAAUAAGCCCAGCAUCAACACUGCCUCCAUGGAUACGAGGUUUAAACCACCUGUCCCACCAGGGAAGUUUCCUGGUUCCACUUCAUCACCCAGCAAACCAGCUAAUUCCAUCUCUGCCUUGAAGGAGGCGCUAGAGAAAGGUGGGCAGGACAGUGGGUCACGACCUUCCCCCUCUACCACCCCCAAACUGGCACAAUUUACCGGGGCUCGGAACCUGACACCUGAGGGAGAAAAAACACCUAAAUUCCCUGGUGCACGGAUCACACCAGCUGAUGGAGACAAAACACCGAAAUUCCCUGGUGCACGGAUCACACCAGCUGAUGGAGACAAAACACCGAAAUUCCCUGGUGCACGGAUCACACCAGCUGAUGGAGACAAAACACCGAAAUUCCCUGGUGCACGGAUCACACCAGCUGAUGGAGACAAAACACCGAAAUUCCCUGGUGCACGGAUCACACCAGCUGAUGGAGACAAAACACCGAAAUUCCCUGGUGCACGGAUCACACCAGCUGAUGGAGACAAAACACCGAAAUUCCCUGGUGCACGGAUCACAUCAGCUGAUGGAGACAAAACACAGAAAUUCCCUGGUGCACGGAUCACAUCAGCUGAUGGAGACAAAACACCGAAAAUCCCUGGUGCACGGAUCACAUCAGCUGACGGAGACAAAACACCAAAAUUCCCUGGUGCACGGAUUACGCCGGCUGAUGGAGAAAAUACACCAAAAUUCCCUGGUUCACGGAUCACGCCUCCCGACGGAGAAAAAUUCCCCGCUGCGGCAAAAUUCCCUGGUGCACGGAUCACGCCUACCGAUGGAGAAAAAUUCCCUGCUGCGCCAAAAUUCCCUGGUGCACGGAUUACGCCAACUGAUGGACAGAAUACACCAAAAUUCCCUGGUGCACGGAUUACACCAUCGGAUGGAGACAAAAUAUCAAAAUUCCCUGCUGCACGGACGCCAUCAGCUGCUGAGGAAAAACAACCGAAAUUCCCUGCCGCAUCUGGUCCAAAACCUCCGUCUCCCUGGAUGAAGCCGUCUCCGGUUAAACAGAGCGAACCAGAGCCACAGAACGAACCUUCCAGCCAAAGCCCCACCAACAAUAACACAGGCUCCACCCCCAACAAUGCAGGGCUCGUUCACAUGCAGAAGAAGCUGUUCCUGGGCAGGCAGAACGAUUCAGACUCACCUAAAGAAGUCUCCACCCCCAGUGUCAUAGGCGCUCCUCGUAGUUCCGUAAGUUCCAUCCAUGAUGUGGAUGCCCAGCCAAAGAAGAAGCCUUUGCCGAGCAAGGUGUCUUUGGGAAUUUGUCCGGCAAAGCCCAGGAGGCCACCUCUUGUGGACCUGCAGCAGUUCAAGAACCAUGGUUCCGUCAGCUCCGGUGGUGAUGAGUUCCCUCCACCUCCUCCACCGGACCCUCCAGCAGUCCCACCACCAGUCCCACCACUUCCACUGAGGGUGGUGGAGGAGGAGAGUUAUGAUGACGUUGGAAUGAUGAAACCAUCUCAGUCCAAACCAGGCCAAAUCAGUGAGGAGGCUGAGGAUGAGGAUGAUGAGGAUUCGGAGACUUAUGAGGACAUUGAGGACAGAUGGCUGGAUGCAGAAAAUGAGAAACCAGGUGAAACCAAAGACUCAGACAAGCCAAAGACAGAUAAGGAGUUAAAGAAGCAGCAGAAGAAGAUGAAGAAGGAGGAGAAGGAGAAGGCCGAGCGGGAGAGGAAGGAGAAGAAGGAGAUGGAGAAGAGAGAGCAGGAGGCCAGGAAGAAGUUUAAGCUGAAGGGUCCGGUGGUGGUCCAGCUGAGGGGCACGGCCAAAGCGGACUGUAAAGGCAGUAAAACUGACCUGGAGCUGGACAGAGGAGAGCCGCUGGAGAUCAUUCGCAUGAUCGGCAAUCCUGACGGAUGCUGGCUCGCCAGGGACAGCCAAGGAUACUAUGGCUACGUGAAGACUGAUCUGGUGGCCCUUGAGGGUAACGAUCAGCAGGCGAUCACUCAGGACGUUUAUGAUGAUGUAGGCGCUCCUGAUCAGCCCAACAGUCCGACUCAAGAGCCGGAGGACGAUGAUGAUAUCUACGACUGUGUGGAUGACGGAGGUUCUGAUUCUGGUUUCCCUCCUCCUCCCCCUCCCGCUGACGAAGACACGUAUGACGACGUCAUCUCGACCAGUCUGCCCAGUCCUCCACAGGUCAAAACGGAAGAAAUGGACGCAAAGAAAAAGAAGAAGUUUGAGAAGGAACUGAAAGAGUUUCGCAAGAAGUUUAAGUAUGAUAAGGAGAUCCAGGUGUUGUAUGAGGUGACUGUCCUGCCUGUUCUGGCCUGUAAAAAGUUUGGUGGUAAGGACCUGGUCAUCAAGCCUGGUGAUGUCAUCAGCGUGAUCACCGAACCAAAAGACGGCAAAGUCAUCGCCAGAAACAGCGACGGCAAAUUUGGGUUUGUGUCCGUCAGUAACUUCCAGCAGGAUUCUGAUGUUUAUGAUGAUGUGGGAGAAGACUGUGUCUAUGAUAACGACUGAGCGGAAGUGAACCAUGGUACUGCUGGAUCAGUCCUCUCACUGCAGCUCUCCGGGAAGCAGGACUACUAAUGCAGAGCUAAACAAACCCCAGAUUAUUGAUACCUGUUAGAUUGAUGUGCUCGUCAUGUUACUUUGUGUGUUUCAGUACUGCUAUAAAAUAAUAUGAAAACAAAAAAUAUAUACAAACCUGCGCAACCUGAGAAUAUUAAACCUAUGUUAAUGAGAUGUUAGUCUCACUAUUUCUCUAAUUGUCUUGAUAUUUAUCCAAAUAAAGUUGAAGUUUGGCUCAAA